UGUCUCGAAUCUCUACCACGGAUUCUUCAUACUUUGAUACACCGUCAAAUACCAACAGCAAGGUGGCAUUGCGUAGUCAAAUUGAUAAAAUUUAUAGUCAUAAAGAGAGAUUCAAAAAUAAUAUGCAAAUUUCACCGGAAAAAAUUCAGGCGAGAGUUAGAAUUGCUAUUAAUGGAGUUAGAAAAGCUAAUUGAAUAUGAUAAUUAUGAAGCAUCUGCUCUUCUUUGUGUGAAAUGUCUUGUUCUCAUCGAAGAAAUGGAUCAUCUUAGUCCGAUCCCAAUUCUAGUAUCACCGCCAACACCAAUUAUAAAAAAUCCUCUGUUAGCAAGUAACGAAAUCCUACAGCCUCAUUUCAAUGGAGACAUUCAAACUCAGGAAGACAACAGUGAGAGAAAUAUAAACAGGAGUGGGCGCUUGCGAACAAGUUUAUGGAACCGUAUAACAGGCAGAAGUCGAACAAAUAGAGAAGGAAUCACUAGCGAACGUGAUGGAGUACGCGAUCUUUGGGGCACACAAAUCGAAUUCUUUCUUUCAUGCCUUGGCUUUAUUGUAGGGGGUGGAAAUACAUUAAGAUUUCCUGCAAUGAUUUUUGAGUUUGGCGGUGCGUUCUUUAUACCAUAUGCAAUAUUCAUGGUCAUCUUCGGAUUGCCACUUGUUUAUAUGCAUUUAGCCAUUGGACAAUUUUCAGGCCUUUCAGCAAACGCCGCUUUCCAUAAAAUGAUGCCGAUUGCUUCUGGACUUGGAUGGGCGUUUGUCUUAAUUAAAAAAAAUAUUCUAAAUAUAAUUUAG